AUGCGAUGGACCCGUCUUCCUGAUACUCGCCACGAGUUCAAAGUAUAUCCUAUCGGGUUAUUAGGGAAUGACUCAACGAGCAGGUACUAUGUUGUCAAGCUACUAUCGUCUACACCUUCUCAACUUAAUCUUUUCAUGUUGGAUUCUAAGCGGGGUCAAUGGAAAUUAUAUCGUAUCAAGCAUCCGCCUUGGUCACAGUCCCGAUGGUGGCCAACGCAAUGCCAGGCCUUGAACUUUAACAAAGCUCUACAUUGGUUAGCCCACGACGGACCUAUUGUAGCUUACAGCCCUAGAUAUAGGCGUCAAUGCAUAUUCAUCCAUCGUUCCCAAGAGAUGCGCCAUGCUUCUUAUGGUGACGGCGCGGUCGUUUCAGAGACCUUAACCGUCUCCAUGGGCCAUCUCCGCAUCAUUCAGCUCGUUUGCUAUCCCUUUCCUAAUGAUCAUCACCAUGUUUCUAUUUGGACACUCGUGGAUUACAAACAACCCCUGUGGAAACAAGAGCACGACUCUGUCUAUUUCAGAGACAUGGUUUCGGGUAUCCCGUGGAUACAAGACUACAUGCGGGAAUAUAAUCUGGAGACAACUAAGAAACAUUACAUGUCUUUCUUGUCAGUUUUCAUGGAUAGAAAGCCACGUUCAGAAACCAGAGAGCGCAUCAUUUUUCCACAUCCUUUACUUUGCCACCCAGACAAUCCUCUCCUCGUUUACUUAUAUUUACCUGAAACCAUUGUCUCUCUUGAUGUCGCAACAAAAAGGCUGCGUUUAAUUACCAAAGACAUCAAAAAAGGCAUCCGUGCUAAAUUUUUCGGAUCCGAGUUAGGAUAUGACAUGGUGAUACCAAUGACACUUCACUUAGAUCCAUCGUUGGUCUUGGACCAUGAGCGUGUGUUGCUGCCACCUCGUAAGAGAACAGUCUGUUAG